GUUCGAACGGUAUUGUGUGAAAUGGAACGUGAUGGUCAGCGCACGCAAGUCGCGAACACGUCUGCGCGGGCGCGGGGCGCGGGCCGCAGCGCGCCAAACGUCACUGCGCACGCGCCUCUCUGCCUCUUUCCCACCCGCGCGCGCCGGCCCAUUCAGCCACUCAGUGAUAAACAAACCUCGCCGCUGCCCUCUUGUCAGACAUGCCGCAAGUCUGACUUCCCGCUCGGCCACCGAAUCCCGCCUUCAUGCAUCUGUGCCUACGAUCUACGCAGCACAAAUGUCAGCCUUCGCCGCAGGAGGAACGGCGGUUUUAUCACAUUUUGGAAAAUGACUGAAGGUCUUCUAGCUCAACAUGAUAAGCCGAUGUGUGUGCGCAUAUGGCUAGAGGUGGGGCACGCGUGCGAACCGCGCCGCUCCGCGCUGGGCCGCGCGCUCGCGCUCGACUGGCGGCUGUGGGUGCGCGGCGCUAGCGGCCGCGACAUCAGCGCCUUCGUGCACAAGGUCGUCUUCCACCUGCACCCUUCCAGCGCCUUCGUCUACCCCAAGAGAGUGCUCCAGGAGCCGCCGUACGAGAUCCAAGAGUCCGGGACCGUCUCGAUUGAUAUACCGAUUCACGUGUACCUGAAAUACAGCAGCGAGCCAAAGAAAAUCCGUCUGAGGUACAGUUUGGAGAUAGAGAACCACACUACGAGCAGCACGGAGACGCGGCACGUGUACUACGACGUGGAGAGCCCGCCCGAGCCGCUGUGCCGCGCGCUCAUGCGGGGCGGCGGCCAGCUGGUGGCGCGCGCCGGCCGCCGUGCCGGCCGCCUGCUCGUGCUCGCCGACGCAGACCGUGCCAAGCCCGAAAAGACCAAAAAGUACAAAUUCGUCGAGCCCGUCCCCUGCAAGCACCCGCCCAAGAGAGUGAAGCCGAGCGUGCUGGAGGAGAUUUGCCCGAAAUGCGGCGAGUCGACGCACGCCGACUUCAGGAAGCAGCUGCGGUCGGUGGGCGUGACGGAGGACGAGGUGGGCCGCGUGUCGCAGCUGUACCUGGCCUACAGCAGCUACGAGAAGGCGGCGGACGCGCUGCCGCUGCCGCCGCUGGCCGACCCGCUGUACCGGCCGCCCGAGCUGUCCCCGGCGCUGCGGGAGGCGCUUAAAACGGUCCAAAUAGAUUUCAUGAUACAGUGAUCGUAGCUGACUCCUCUGCUCCGCCGUCCCGUGUUGUGAUAUUAAAAUAAAAGGUGCCAUGAAAGACUCUACAUUUCACGCGUUGACAGGGUGCUAUCUAGUAAUUACCAUUAUUUUUAUACUGUUUUAUGUUUAAUUCAUAUAAUAUUAUCAAUAAGAAAUCUAUUUACUUUCGUUACUUAUUUAAUUUAACGUCUAUAAUUUAGUUAAACUAGUUGAUUUAUAAUUGAAGUACAAGUGCUGUGAGAAAGAUCUCAAAACUGUUAUCACUGAAUGAUACUAAAGUUGCUAUGAAUAUUUUAUCGUAUAACUGUUAUCGUAUUAUGUAAGUAAGGUAAUUCAAUGUAAGUAUGUAGUCUUUCUACGACAGUUAUUUAUUCCAACAAAUAAUGGUUGUAUGUGGUAUUUCUUAAUUCUGUAGUCAAAAAGGCUAGUUUUGCAACUUUGUGAUGCCUUGUUGUGUAAAUAUCUAGUCCGGCUACUAGAUAAGUCUACAUUACAUACCUAUAAUUAGUUUACUUCAGAUUUUUUAUUAAUUUUAUAUUUCUAGCAUUCAGUCUAAUCAAUUAGGUACGUACGUACGUACCUACUUGUGUAAGUACAUCUACAUAUUUAUGAAAAAUUAUAUGUAUUAAGCUCGUAUUGAUAACAAUCGAUUCGUUUACGAAUCAUUAAUUCGCAUCGCAAAUUACAUGGCUUUGUAGGCACACUUUACAUUAAUGCCUUUUUGAAUGGGAUGCCGAUCUGUGUGAGAUAAAUAAAUGGGUUUGCAUGAUCGUUA